UACUGAGGAUGCCGAGUUCUGGGGGGAGUAAGGGAGGACUUCAGCAGCUGCCAGAUCAGAAGCUAGACUGACCCCGGGACUCACACACCAAGCCGUCAUGAGCAGCAGUAACAACUGCACGGAGGUCAAGACCAGCCACCCACAGGGGCUUCAAGGCGGAAUCCCCCCCUUCCCCGAGGCUUGGGGACUGUGGGCCCUUUUAGGGGCUGUGACGCUGCUGCUUCUCAUCUCCCUGGCUGCACACUUGUCCACAUGGAUUCGUGGCCGGAGCAAGAGUCCCCCAGGACAGGACCGCUCAGGAGAGUCGGCGGAAGAGGCCCCACUGUACGGGAAUCUGCAUUAUCUGCAGACAGGACGGCUGUCUCAGGAAUCAAGGCCAGACCAACAGGCUCCAACAUCUGGAGGUGCCGCCAGGGCUGCCGAGGAGGCGAUGUGCUAUACCAGUCUGCAACUGCGGCCUCCUCAGGCUCGGAUCCCCAGCCCCGGAACCCCCAUCAAGUACUCAGAGGUGGUGCUGGACUCUGAGUCGAAGCCCCAGACUGCGGUGGCGGCGGCGGCGGUGACAGCAGGUCCAGAGCCAGAACUGUACGCCUCAGUGAGCGCCCAGACCCGCAGGGCCCGGGCUUCCUUUCCGGACCAGGCCUAUGCCAACAGCCAGCCUGCCCCCAGCUGACAAGCAGGCCGACCCGGCCCGGUGCACACGCAGCCAGGCAGCACCUCUCCAGCCUCCUGGGUUGCCGGGGGUUCCGUCCGGGGUGUCACUGCUUCCCAGCCAGUCCCGUAACUUGCCCCGUAAGACUGGCAGCCACUGCCCAGUCACAGGAAGUGAUGUUCCCUGAACUUUUCUGAGCUGUGAUGGAGGCAUGUCGCAGGUUUGACAGGCCCUUGGUUUCUGGAGGAUGGAAGAAGCAGAGGCAGUGUCCCCUGGUCCCCCAGUACUCUCUCUCUCUUAUCUACUUAUGCCUCUCAGCCCCCCCCACCACCCCCAAACUCCCAGGGUCUCACUUCCUCCUCCUCCCAGAGUUUAACUGGCUCUUCCUCACUCUGGCUCCCUCACCAUGGAUUCCCAACACAGGAAGUGGGCAGUGGGGGAGGCGACAGGAGCUCCAGGGGCCACGGGUGGGGUACAGCCCUUGGGAGCCCACAAGCUGGAGGUUGGUCCUGGAACCUAGUGACCCGCGCAAACCAUGCCUGGCUGGCGACCUGGGCGCCCUGGCAGAAGCAGCCCUGCCUCCAUCUUGUUCACCUCUGUCGUUUCCCAGGUGUUCGAAUAAACUUCUCACAUGGUGUUCAGACUUGA